AUGUGUACAAGUAGUUUGUUUGUUUCGAACAAGAAACAGAAACAAGAAUUAGACGUUAACACUAAAACUGAGAAAAACCUGAAUCUGCAACCAGUAGACCGAGAAGAAGACGCCCAUCUCUUCACGUACAGAGACCUGAACCGGACUCACGUCUCCGUAAUCUUGGCUCAGAGCAUCGACUCCUUAGUAGACAGUGAUUCUCCGCAGAACGUGGUGAAGUUCAGACUUGGCUGCGACUUCGAUGAGGGAGAUGACCUGAUCUCAGCUUACCUCUCGGUGACAGUGUACAUUGAAGACGUCAAUGACAACGUGCCAAUAUUCCUCGACACCCCAUAUCAUGUUACUGUUGAUGAAUUAACUCCAACAGGGUUAACAAUUUUCAAAGAUAUCAGAGCCUUCGAUCGCGACAAACCCAACACUCCGAACUCGGACGUCCACUACAGCAUCGUAUCUGGUAACGAUGACGGUCACUUCGCUUUGGAGAGCUCACACAAACCUGUUCUGCUUCUUCGAAAGGUCUUGGACUACGAUGCCGGAGACAAAGAAUUUCAACUUGUUAUUAUGGCUUCUGAUCGCGGGUCCCCUCCUCGCAGUUCCAACACCACAGUUCACAUCGUGGUACAAGACAACGACGACCUGCCUCCAAAGUUCACGAAAGAUGCGUACAGAACACAGAUUCCAGAAUUUUAUCCAUUGAUGGGUAAACGUAUCCACAAAGAAAUACUCUUCCCAGAACCUAUACAUGCAAUUGAUCAAGAUCUAGGCGUCGGCGCUACAUUGCGCUAUGAAUUAAUCUCUGGGAACGACAGAAAGCUCUUUUCUCUGGAUUCUGUGAAUGGUAGUCUAUUCUUGGAGAAAGAAUUAGAUUUGGACGCCGAACAUAACUUACAAGCAAACACGUUCGUCCUUCAAGUUCAAGCCUCACAGCUGAACAAUCCUCUAAAAACGGCUCAAGCCAGAGUUGAAAUAGAGCUUUUGGAUCUAAAUGACAAUUUACCUGAAUUUGAAGUUGAUUUUUAUAAUAUUAGUAUAGUGGAAAACCUCCCAAAUGGGUUUAGUGUUCUUCAAGUGAUGGCAACCGAUAAAGACCAAGGUGAAAAUGGUGAAUUCACGUAUCAGCUUGACGAUCCAAAAGGAGCCUUCUCAAUCGAUCCUAGAUCCGGAUGGCUCACUGUCCGGAAUCAAACUGUCCUCGACAGAGAAGCCCAUUCGUCUCUAAGGAUGAAAGUCUACGCCAAAGAGACAAACCCGAGCGUGGUCGGGACUUUCGCUGACAGCCAACGCAUAGCAAAAUGGCGUCGACAGCCCUUGGAAACCAACGCUCCCUUAGAAAAGACUACUUACGUGUUUCCUGAUAAAGUUGGCACUAAAACUGAAAAUAUAGAAUACUAUGACGAGCAACUAAUGUCUUUUGUUAACGUGGAGGUUACAUUACUCGACGCGAAUGAUAACAACCCAGUAUUUGUACCGAGUAACCUUUACGAAUUCAGCAUGAAAUCUAACGCGAAAGUUGGCACUGUUAUUGGCAAAGUGAAGGCUGUAGAUCCAGAUUUGGGACAAAAUGGCAUGGUGCUAUACGAUUUACAGAGAACAAGCAAUUUGACCAUAACAUCGCCUUUUAAAAUAAAUCCAAACACUGGAACUGUUAGUGUGGCUGAAUCUCCCAUUUUGGAAGGAAGGCAUGCUUUAUUUGUCGAAGCUUCCGACCAACCGGCCAACCCCAGUGAAAGGAGAUAUUCACUGGCUGUAGUUACUAUUGAAGUUACGAGAGGAACUAAAGGUAACAAGCCAGAGAUACCUGACUUUAUGGGAGCGCCAUACGAAUUCUGGGUUGGAUCAAAUGUUGGUAUUGGUACAAGUGUUGGACAAAUUAGAGUUAAUGACGCAUUUGAACAAAACGAUGUUUCUUAUGAUUUGCUACAUGGAUACGAAGAAGGAGUACCGUUUGCUGUAGAAGAAAGGUCCGGGGUCAUAACCGUAGUGGACGAUCUCUCCCGGUACAAUCGUCCAAUGUACGAUUUCGAAGCGGUGGCUUUACAAGAAAACGCCAACCUGUCCAUAGUGACCAACGCCACAGUUCACGUGGUUGACGUUAAUGAUGAGAGAGGUGUUUUACUGAAAGGUGCACAUUCACCAAUAAUAUUCCACGUCAAAGAAAACUCAGCCGGGGCCGCUAUAGGACAAAUUUUCCACACCAACAUGAGUUCCAUUUAUGGUAACGGCACAGGAAAUGUAAGAUUCUUGAUCGCAAAUCAACAAGACGUUACGGAUGACAUAGCUAUAGCGGAAGACGGAACUAUCUUUACCCAGAAACCUUUAGAUCGAGAAAAGCGUGAUGUUUACAGGAUGACUGUGAUAGCUGAGUUCAACAAAGGUGUAAUUUCCGGCGCAGGAAUAUAUCAAGUCACAAUAUACAUUGAAGACGAAAACGACAAUCCGCCUGUUUUCGAACACACUACUUAUGAGGGCUUCAUUAUGGAAAACUCAAAGAAAGAAACAGAAAUUAAGAUGGACAAUAUAAUAAAGGCUACUGAUGCUGAUGAAGGAACAAAUGCUUUAUUCAUGUACACGUUGUUCGGUGAAGGCAAAGAAAUGUUUGAUGUUGACGAAAACACCGGAGUUGUUAAAUUUAUAGGAGACAGUUUGGAUAGAGAGAAAAAAAUCAUGUACAAGCUAAGCUUGGUGGCUAGAGAUACCGGAGGCCUGAGUUCGGAGGCCGAAUUAAUCAUAAUGAUUGGUGAUGAGAACGAUAAUAAGCCGGAAUUUAACCAAAUAAUAAUGCCCAUGGACAGAUAUGUAGAGCUUAUUGAAGCCGACGAAAAUUCGAAAGUCAGAAUUCACAGAGAAACAAAACUUAAUGGAACAGCCGGCUUCACAAUCAUUGAAGUAAAACCAAAAAAUAAAUUUGCUCUUGAUGUUGAUCAAUUAGGGCCUUUAUUUUUGAUACCAGAAAACAUUCCUAUCGGAACAACAAUUAUAAAAUUAAACGCUUUGGAUCUCGACAGCGGACUCAACGGACAGAUACGAUAUGAAUUCAAUUCAGAAGUUUAUAUUCCACCGAGCAAACUGUCCGCUGACGCACUAGAAGUGAAGCGAUACUUUGUGAUCAACGAACGGCACGGCCACGUUAUUGUCGCACGAAGCUUGCCGCCAGAGUCAGAAUUCAGAUUGAACAUUUCCGCUUUAGAUGGUGGAAAUUUGAACGAUAACAUUUCGGUGAGAGUGUUCGUCAAGGAUGUCAACGACCACUUUCCGGUCUUUAAGAAAACUUGGUACAAUUUCAAUGUUGAAGAAGCUCAGUACACCAGACGCGUUUUAGGAAAAGUGGACGCAACUGACGCUGAUUUUGGACAGAACGCAAAUCUAACGUAUUUCAUUCAACCUUCGGACACGGAUCUACCGUUUGAAAUAUCACCUUUGACCGGAGUUCUCAGCGUCAAUGGAGAGCUGGACAGAGAGACUGAGGAUAAGUACAUACUGACUGUCGUGGCGAGAGAUAAUGGCCUCGAAAAGAAACUAUCAUCUUCUGUCAGUGUGGAAGUUCAAGUACUAGAUGUAAAUGAUAACUCGCCUAAAUUCUACGCUUUCGAUGAAUUAUUAGAAUGGAAACACCCCGAAGCUGACGAACUGUCUAACCAUAAUUUCGAAUCGGUAAUGAUGAUUCCUGUUUACAAAGCUACGAUUGAAGAAAACGCACCGAUCGGGACCACGGUCGCUAAAGUGUUUGCAAACGACACUGAUUUCAUUGGCAACGGCAACGGCUUGAUUUUGUAUAGCCUUCCUCAAAGGAAGAACCAACAGAGUUUGUUUGCGAUCGACUCCAAAGAAGGAACCAUCACAACAAUAGGUCGUCUCGAUUUCGAGAAUCAGUCGGCGCACAACAUAACUAUAGUUGCGUCAGAUUUGGGACUGCCAAGUUUGAGUUCGACUGCCAUACUGAUGGUUACUGUCGCUGACGUUCCCGACGAAGUAGAAAUGUCGGACAAGCCAGUAUUUAUAUCGCGAUACUAUGAACUAGAAAUCGAGGAGAACGUAAAUGCACCUGUGGAGUUAGUCUCACUGAACUUGACCGAGCAUUAUGAAAACUUUAAAAUGAGAUAUUACAUAUUGAACGAAAAUGAUACAGAUAUCAGACGAACGUUUGUUAUUGAUCCAAGAAACGGCACUUUGUAUCUCGUUCGAAGUCCAGAUCGAGAGGUCAAAGACACUUAUGAGGUCAUAGUAAGAGCCGAAAGACAGAAAUAUAGUAGAGAACUCCCUCAUAUGAUCUACCCUGUAGCCGAGGAUGUGUUGGAAGGAAUGACCAAGUAUGACGUCAAAGUAGUAGUAAGAAUUAAAGACGUGAAUGAUAAUUCCCCGAAGUUUACGAACGGGAAUCGUCCCUUGGUCACGGCCAUACCGACCACUGCGCCCUUCGGAUAUCAAGUUAUGCAGCUAAAGGCUACAGACUCUGACAUCGGGAUCAAUGCAGACAUCCGCUACCAGAUACUCAACGAGCAGGCCCCCCGGUUCGCCAUCGACCCAGUGUCGGGGACGGUCCGGGUGGUGGCGGCUCUGGCCAGGGACGCCGGAAGAGUCUUCGGAUUCGACGUCAAAGCCACAGAUAAGAAAGGAGCUGACGAUGGGAAGUCGGCCAUCGCUAAUGUUUUCGUCUACGUGUUGGAUGAAAACAAACAGCUGGUUCUGGUCGUUGGCGCGAGACCGAUGGAGGUCGAGAAAGGUUUAGAAAAUAUCACUCGUUCUCUGACCGCCAUUACCGGCUACGACAUCCGCGUCCGGCGACUUGAAGCCAACACCAAGGCGGCUGGAGACGGGCAUGCGACCGACAUGUACAUCUACGCGGUGGACCCGCUCUCCAACGCGAUCAUCGACAUGGAUGAACUUCAGAAGUCGCUGUUGAAGCGCGAGUCCGAGCUUCGGCACAGCUUACCAGGGUUCAAGGUUCUGGAGGUGGGAGGCGCGGCGAUGGUGCAGGCGCGCGGCGGCGGGAAGCUGCUCAGCACUCUGGAGCUGAGCGUGGUGGCGCUCGGCUGCAUCGUGUUCGUGGGCGCCUGCACCACGGCCGUCUGCGUGCUCUGCGUGCGGAGGAGUCGGAGACAACACAGAAAGCCAUAUUCCCAACAACGUCUUAACGCUUUCUCGACUGAGCACUUAACAAAAUACGGAGGCCUUUUCCCGUCGGGAGGGAACCAGUGCCAGGAGCUGAACCAGUCUUACAGCGAAGCGGAUUCAUACAUAGACGUGAUCAACCACAAUGCCAAGAAAGUUUGUCCCCACGGCAACACCGUUGAGGAGUUCGGGAAGGCUCAUCAGAAAUGCGUGAAAACCCAAUUCGCGGAGGGAGACGGCUUGAAUCAGAAGCACGAGAGAAUGUGCAUCAAGUUCAAUCAACGACCCAUGCAGAAAAGGAAAGGACAAGACACGUCGAUAACCUCAGUGAAUUCCAGUGGACAAGACUCCGGCAUCGCUGAGGCCCGCUGCCCGUGUGGCCACUCCAGCCUUCACACCUCGGAAGAGAGCAGCGGAGGCAGCUAUGAAGACUCACUCAAAUCGAAUAGAAAUCAAGAGGCAAGAAGCAAGCCCUACCGACAAGAGGACCCUCGACGACGAGCCUCAUUCGCGCACCAACCGCUCGACACCCGGCAGUACCAUUACAGAAGGCAGUCCUUCUCCGAAAAUAUGCAGAGGCACUUUCCUUCGUUCGAAAGAGUAGGCUCUGGUACAAAGAUCACCAGACAAAUAUCCACUCCCAACGUCUCCAAUGUUGGUCAACCUUACUUCAUUCAUAACCAUAAGAAAGAAUUGAGAAGGAAAGAAGCUCUGAACGAGCCGGCAGCGGAUUACGACAACAGUGAAGGAGAAGAUGUGUUUGACACGAGGAUGGACAGGAGAGCGAGCGGCAAGCUCAAGCGAGGGAAGUUCGUGGAGCUUUUCGUGGCGACCCCGGCUGCCGCCGACGCCGUGAGGAGGCAGGGGAGUGAAAGGCUCAUGUUCGCGAGGCCUUUAUAGUAACAGUUGGCAUUAUAACUUUAUUUAAUGUGAUCUUUGCCGACUUUCACAAGACGGUCUUCAAUGUUUGCUCACAUGACGCUUGUUCUUGUAAAUUCUAUAAUAAUUUCGAUGUUCUUCAGAAAAUGGCGAAUGGACUAUUGAAAGAUGUCACAUCUUGAUUGCUAGCCUCAAUAAAAAUAUUUUGUUAACCGACAUAGUCUGCUUAGUUGUAGCGUAUUGCGAUAGAUCGUCAGAAAUAAAUAUAGAGUCUGAAAAUGGCUUAAAGUAAUUAGAGUUGUGUCAAUAAGAAGGAUACAAAUUUGACUGUGAAACUUCUAAGGAAGUAAAAUAACUUUGUUUAAAAUUCGGAUUCAAAACGUGCGUCUAAAAUUUGUAUUUAAAGAUUGUUUAGCCUAAAAGUUUGAAUUCGAAACGUAAUUUUAAAAAUGAAAUAUAAAUAAAUAACAAUGAUGUUCUUUGAGAGAACAAUAUCAGUAAGAAAACAAAUACUUUGUACAAUUAAAACCACUUUUAUUGUCCGUACGCAAUAGGCGAUGGCCACAAAAUUUGAAGCUUGAACAAUGGCCAAACGAGAGGCCAGCUCUUAUGAUUAUAUCCUUAUUAUCCAAACACACAAUUGUGACCCAGUAACAAAUAGUAAAGUCGGUGAAGCAAGCCCGUCGUGAAAGGAAAAACGAUAAGGCAAUGUUUAAUUGUAAUUUAGAUUCUUAGUGCCAGAUUGAAUCGUUUGUUUUAAUCUAAAGAAUUCAUUAGUCAUGCUGAUGUCCACGGACGAAUUCCAAGACUAUUAAAUUUAUAUAUUUAAGAUAUUAUUAAAACUAAAUUAGUUGUAGAGUAUAUUUUUUGGAUUUUGUCACAUCUAGCAAAACGUAUAAAAAACAAUAGUUGAAUUUUCUACUUUUUGUAUGGAUUUUGUCCUUACGUUUUUGGUUUUUAAAGUCCAAAGAAUAAAGAAUUUUCUGUUUUAAUCGUUAAGUGCCAUUUUGGAGUGUAUCGUAGAGUUUUAACUAUGUAACCACCUUAUGAAUAGAGAUUGUAAAGUAUAAUUUUUAUGUAAAUAGGUAC